CCCCAGACGCGGCCCGGCAGCAGCGGGCAGUUGCUCCCUCCCUCCCAGCUGCCGCGGCAGAGAUCCAGACCGCUUUCCGAGGAGGGCGGGCUCCUCCGCAGUCUGCAAUUGGGACGGGAGCCCAGCCGCCGAUGGGCACACGGGAGCUGAGGCCUCGGCGAAAGGGUCCUGCAGGCCGCAGGAGAGUCGAAAGGUGAAAAGAACCCCGAAGUCUCCCAGCUAAAAUGUCUUCCGGCCCCUGUUGAACGAGACAACUUUCAGCCUGUUAAAGUCCUCAAGCCAUUAGCAUCAGCUGCUGCACUAAAGGGGCAGGCCAGCGCCUCUAAGUGGCUUAGCGCACAAACGAGGCUCCCGAGACGACGGCGGCAACUGCUUCCACUCUUCCGCUGGACGUGAAAAGCCCUCAUGGAGCCCAUCUCUGCAGAAUCUACAAGACGGAAAUACAAACACCUCUUGACAUGGAAAUGCACUGAUACAAUAAGCAAAAGAACACUCCAUCGUAUCUCCUAGUUCCAGGUGGCCUUAUUUGGGCGAUUUGGUCCUGACCUUAUUCCUGUGAUGGAGGAAUCGGGCAUCCAGCGAGGCAUCUGGGAUGGAGAUGCCAAGGCUGUCCAACAAUGUUUGACAGAUAUUUUUACCAGCGUUUACACCACCUGCGACAUCCCUGAGAAUGCUAUAUUCGGUCCCUGCAUCCUGAGCCAUACUUCCCUGUAUGACAGCAUAGCUUUCAUAGCUCUCAAGUCCACCGACAAGAGAACAGUCCCUUAUAUCUUCCGGGUAGACACCUCAGCGGCAAAUGGUUCCUCAGAAGGUCUCAUGUGGCUGCGUCUUGUCCAAUCAGCCAGAGAUAAAGAAGAGCAGAACCUUGAAGCCUAUAUAAAAAACGGACAGCUGUUUUACCGCUCUCUCCGCAGGAUUGCCAAAGACGAGGAGUUACUAGUUUGGUACGGGAAAGAACUGACUGACUUACUCUUGCUCUGCCCCUCUAGAUCCCACAGCAAAAUGAAUGCAGGGUCGUCCCCUUACACAUGCCUGGAAUGCAGCCAACGUUUCCAGUUUGAGUUCCCUUAUGUGGCGCAUCUGCGCUUCCGCUGCCCCAAGAGACUUCACAGCGCCGACAUGAGCCCUCAAGACGAGCAAGGCGGCGGCGUGGGCACCAAGGAUCACGGGGGAGGCGGCGGUGGCAAGGACCAGCAGCAACAGGAGGCACCCUUGGGUCCCGGCCCCAAGUUCUGCAAAGCUGGCCCUCUCCAUCACUACCCGGCCUCCUCCCCCGAGGGCAUUAACCUACCCGCGGCUGGCGGCGGCGGCAGCGCGAAGCCCUCCACGGAUUUUCAUAACCUGGCCCGCGAGCUGGAAAAUUCCGGGGGAGGCAGCAGCCGCUCCCCAGUUCAGAGCCUCAGCAGCGGCAGCAGCGCCGGCGGCCACCAGGAGGCGGAGCUGAGUCCCGACGGCAACGCCACCGGCUGCGGCAAAGCCAAGAGGAAAUUCUCGGAGGAGGAGGCGGCGGCGGCGGUGGGCGGCGGCGGCGGCGCGGGGCUGGUCGGGGGCCGGGGCCGCUUCCCCGAGCGGCCCCUGCCCGCCUCCAAGGAGGACUUGGUGUGCACGCCGCAGCAGUACCGCGCCUCGGGCAGCUAUUUCAGCCUGGAGGAGAACGGCCGCCUCUUCGCGCCGCCCAGCCCCGAGACGGGCGAGGCGAAGCGCAGCGCCUUCGUGGAGGUGAAGAAGGCUGCCCGAGGGCCAGGGCUGCAGGAGGAGGCAGCCGCCGACGGCGGGGGCGCCUCUGCCGAGGACCAGGACUCCGGCGGCGGCGGUUCCUGCACGCCCGUGGCCGCAUCGCCCGCAGGCUCGGAGAAGGUGCUGGGCCCGCGGCCUGGGGGUCCGCUGCCCAGCCGGCUGGAGAGCGGCAGCCCGGCGCGGGGCAGCGCCUUCACCUCGGUGCCGCAGCUGGGCGGCGCGGGGGGCGCCGGCGCGGGGGUCAGUGCGAGCGCCGGGGUCGCUGGCGGUGCGGCCGGCGGCCAGGGAGCCGCGUCGGACGAGCGCAAAAGCGCCUUCUCGCAGCCGGCGCGCUCCUUCUCGCAGCUGUCCCCGCUGGUGCUGGGCCAGAAGCUGAGCGCGCUCGAGCAGUGCCACCCCGGCGACGCAGUGGGCCCCACCAGACUCUACGCCGCUGCCGCCGACCCUCUGGCCGUGAAGCUGCAGGGGGCGGCGGACCUGAACGGAGGUUGCGGGGCCCUGCCGAGCGGCGGCGGCGGCGGCCUGCCCAAACAGAACCCCUUCCUCUACGCCACGGCCUUCUGGCCUAAGAGCUCCGCAGCCGCGGCGGCCGCGGCGGCCGCGGCCGCGGGGCCCCUACAACUGCAGCUGCCCUCGGCGCUCACGCUACUGCCGCCCUCCUUCACCUCGCUGUGUCUGCCCGCGCAGAACUGGUGCGCCAAGUGCAAUGCCUCCUUCCGCAUGACCUCCGACCUGGUGUACCACAUGAGGUCGCAUCACAAAAAGGAGUACGCCAUGGAGCCCCUCGUGAAGAGGCGGCGGGAGGAGAAACUCAAGUGCCCCAUUUGCAACGAGUCCUUCAGGGAGCGCCACCACCUUUCCAGGCACAUGACCUCGCAUAAUUGACAAGGACUCCAACUUUUCAUGAGCGCACACGCACAGCCAAGCCACCUGCAGGAACAAACCCGCGAGGUCAUCUACCAUCUACCUGUGACCCGAAACACUGCCCCAGAGAGACAGAUAGAAACACAAACCGCAACUCCCCUCCACCCCGCCCACAGCCUUUUCAUCGAAUGUGACCUACUCUCUCACACACACACACACACACACACACACACACGAGACAGGGUGGUGGAUUUUUGAUUGGGUGGGUUUGAGGAGUUUUCUUUUGAGUGCACGCAUUUUCACUUUCCCAAAACAAAGGUACAUUUUUUAAAAUGUCAUAUAUUGCAACAUAUUGAUGCAUUUGUCAUGUUUCUACUUAAAUUAUUAAGCACUUACAGUUUAGAUGUAAUAAUUAUAAUGUAAGGACAAAAUUUAUUUUAGAUAUAAAGUAAAGGAGGAGGCUGACAUGCUUUCUGCAUUUCUUGAUGACAGGUUGUGUUCUUACAAAAAUGAACAAAACAAAUAAAAAGGGGGUCACCAAUUUAAGUUUCCAGGGGUAAGUGCAUGCAUUAUGAAAUGAUUAUGGACUUCAAUGAAGAAUGUCAUCAUUAUGUAAAUAUGUAUUUCCUUUUAAUACAAAGUGUAAUUUUGUGCCAGUGAAAUGGAGUCUGAAUAGUUAUGUGUUUCUUUUACCCCUGGAAAGAUUUAUUAACCUUUAUAGAUUAUCCAGGUAUGUUGGAUGCUUUGACAAUAAAUGACUAUUUUCUU